UCAGUUCUCUCGAACCCGCGACGCGCUAGGCGGACCCGUGGAUCAUCUUUCCCCGAUCUUCGAUCACGGCCUCGGAGGCUCGACGCGAGCGGCCCGGAUUCCGAUAUUGUCCUCUCCACGCGCGUUCGUCUGGCCCGCAACCUUCAGGGCUAUGCGUUCGGUCCGCGGUCGCGCGUCAAUGAUCGCCGCGCGGUGCUCAGACGGGUCACCCGGACGGCGGCCAGGGUCGACCUGCUCGCCGAGGCGAACGUUCACCCUCUUGCCGACCUGGACCCGGGGACCCGGCGGAUCCUCCUCGAGAGAAGGCUCAUCUCACAGGAUCUGCUCGGCGAGAGAUCGGAGACCGGUCCCCAGCGUGCGGCGGCAGUCGUGCUUUCGACCCGGGAACCGGUCAGCGUGAUGGUGAACGAGGAGGACCAUCUUCGCCUGCAGGUGCUGGUGUCGGGACUCGCCCUGGAAGCGGCCUGGAGCCUGGUGGAUCGGCUGGACGAGGACCUGGGCCAGGAACUCCCCUACGCAUACGAUCACGAGCUCGGAUUCCUCACCAGUUGUCCCACGAACGUCGGCACGGGAUUGAGAGCUUCUGUGCUCAUCCACCUCCCGGGGCUUGUGCUCACGAAGGAAAUCGGCCGCGUCCUCCGGGGGUUGAGCCAGGUCGGGCUGACGUUUCGCGGGCUGUACGGGGAGGGGUCGGAGGUCGUGGGAAAUUUCUUUCAGGUCUCGAACCAGACCACGCUCGGAAAAACGGAGGAAGACCUGGUCGAUCAUCUGGACCGCAUGGUGCGCCAAGUCAUCGAAUACGAGAGACGGGAGCGUCGCGUUCUGCUCCGGGACGCGUAUCAGGUUACAGAAGAUAAGAUAUGGCGUGCCUACGGUUUACUGCGUUACGCCAGGUCCAUUUCGUUCGAGGAGAUGAUGAACCUGUUGUCGGGUGUUCGACUGGGCGCGGCGCUGAAACUUCUCCCGGGGCUCCGUGUAUACUCGCUCAACAAGAUCAUGAUCUUCGCGCAAUCCGCCCACCUGGAGGAAGCAGCGGGGCGAAAACUUCCACCCGGUGAGUGCGACGUGCACCGAGCCACCUACGUGCGCCGCAUCCUGGCGACCGAGGGUGUAGUGAUCCCGGACAAGGAGCCUCCACAGAGCGGUUCCGACGCCGUCCCCGACCCAUGA